AUGGCUACUCACGUUAUGACGGCCACUGCUACCGCCCCCGCCCCCGGCACGGCCGCACCCGGCAACAACCAAAUCUCCGUCUACGGCCACCCUUCGCCCACCAACUCCUCCACUACCACUCCCGCCAACAAUUCUCCCACUUCACCACGUCUCACCACCGCUGCUUUGCACCAACUGCCCCUUCAGUCUCGCCAGUUGCGUCCUCUCAAGGGCCCUCUUUAUGUCCCCGCGGCCCUGCGGCCCACCGAACGUCCUCAGAAGUCCUCCCCUAUCACCCCACCGCGCAGCGUGCACGGUUCUCUGGACAGCCUGAACGAAGACACCGAACCCAUUAGUCGUCGUUCCACCAUGGAGAGCAAGUUCAGCGGCAUCAGCAAGGUGGCUGAACACGAGUGGAUGAAGACCGAGCACUUGGGCGUGGUCACGGGAAUGCCUACCCGCGAUCACUGGAAAGCUGACGCUGCUUCUUCGAGCUGUGAUUCGCCCACUUGCCGCUCUUCCUUUGGCAUCUUCACCCGCCGUCAUCACUGCCGCCACUGUGGUCACGUCUUCUGCUACAACCACACCCCGCAUCUCGUUCCUCUCGACCAGAAUGCCCGCUUCCACCCCGAGGGCGUUCUCUCCCGGGCCUGUGAUCUCUGCUGGAGUGCUUACCAGCGCUGGGAGGAGACUCGCACCGACCGCCUGAACAAGAUUCAGAACUCCAUUGACGCCAAGAACGAUGAGAACACUCAGCCUGCCGAGGAUCUCGAGUCCAGUGAGAGCUCGGGCCGAGCGGCUCUCAAGGCCAAUCUCGGUCAGACUGCCGAGGUUGCUGCCAGUGUUCCCCGUGACUGGAACUGGAGCACCUUCUAA